AUGCCGGACGAGCUGACGGAGCCCGGGCGCGCCACGCCGGCCCGGGCUUCCUCCUUCCUCAUCGAGAACCUGCUGGCGGCCGAGGCCAAGGGCUCCGGGCGCGCGGCCCAGGGCGGCGGCGGCCGCGAGGACGAGGAGGACGACGACGACGAUCCGGAGGACGAGGACGCGGAGCAGGCGCGGCGGCGGCGGCUGCAGCGGCGGAGACAGCUGCGCGCGGGCGGCGGGCCCGGCGGGGAGGCGCGGGCCCGGGCGCUGCUUGGGCCGGGCGCGCUGGGCCUUGGUCCCCGGCCGCCCCCCGGUCCCGGGCCGCCCUACGCUCUGGGCUGCGGCGGCGGGACGCGCUGGUACUCGCGGUCGCACGGAGGCUACGGAGGCGGCCUCAGUCCUGACACCAGCGACCGGGACUCACCGGAGACAGGCGAGGAGAUGGGCCGUGCUGAGGGCGCCUGGCCCCGGGGCCCCGGCCCGGGAGCGGUGCAGCGGGAGGUGGCGGAGCUCGCAGCGCGGGGCCCGGCGGCCGGCGCGGAGGAGGCGGUGGAGCUGGGGGAGGCCCCGGCGGCGGCGGGGGAGGCGCGUGGCGGCGGCGGCGGCGGCCGCAAGAAGAAGACGCGCACGGUCUUCUCGCGCAGCCAGGUCUUCCAGCUCGAGUCCACCUUCGACCUGAAGCGCUACCUGAGCAGCGCCGAGCGCGCCGGCCUGGCCGCCUCCCUGCAGCUCACCGAGACGCAGGUCAAGAUCUGGUUCCAGAACCGCCGCAACAAGUGGAAACGGCAGCUGGCGGCCGAGCUGGAGGCGGCCAGCCUGUCCCCGCCGGGUGCGCAGCGCCUCGUCCGCGUGCCGGUGCUCUACCACGAAAGUCCCCCGGCCGCCGCCGCCGCCGCCGCCGCCGGGGCCCCCGCCGCGCUGCCCUUCCCGCUGGCGCCCGCCGCGCCCGCGCCACCCCCGCCGCUGCUCGGCUUCUCCGGGGCCCUCGCCUACCCGCUGGCUGCCUUCCCGGCCGCCGCCUCCAUGCCCUUCCUGCGGGCGCAGAUGCCCGGCCUGGUGUGA